GUUGUUUGUUUGUUUUGUUUUUGUCUCCCUCCAUCCUGCUUCUCUUCUCUCUCCAGCUCCGAACGACCUGCUAUGCGCCUUCUUAAAUGCUGUACCAAGACUGGCUGAUUUCGUUUCCCAUUUAUUGCUGUCUCGCCUUGCACUGACUGGCUUGGACAGGUAUCAGCUAUCUGUUCAUGGCAGAUUUGCAGCCGCUUGCUUUCUGAGAGGGUCAUGAGUUCGACGGGACUGGGAUGACAACCAAGUUUACCACUGCUACGAGUGAUGUUAAUCACAAAAGGGCAGCAGUCCUCAAGGCACUUUGCGUCUGGAUAGGUGAGGAAGAUGGAAAUCUAAUUCGGGAGUAUGUGCAUUGAACACAACAAUCCCUGUACUCGAUGCCAUGUUCCAUCUCUGCCCAUUCUUCUGACUCCCUGUAAUGGUAUUGGAUACAGAGAUGAUACCAAAUACAGUGGCAUCACGACUGGGCUUUAAAACCCAUGUCGGAAUCGAAAUUCUUUCUCUCUGGUGGUGGAUCCCCACGUGUCCCUUUUCCCUUUCGCAACGUCAACAAACUACAAACAAGAUUCCUUCCAGAUCAUCGGACGACCGACAGGACACCAAAGAUCUUCAGCUGACGAGCUGUAAAAGCAAAAGGAACAGAACUGUUUUUCUCGCUGGACCUGCGCUCCGCGCUGUCUUCGGAUAACAGACGACGCACCUUCGGUCGCCAAGCAAGAGUGAUCUCAAACCUGAAUAUAUUAUAACGAUGGUGAGUUAAGAGCUGUCUCCUCCUUUGGAAGCGCUCCUCGCUCCAUCAUUGUGUUGAAGAAGACAGCGCCCCCAGUCAGUGCACUGAAAGCAGACAAGUGGUUCAGCACCACCAGCUGAAGACAGUGCCACACACAUGAGAGGAGGAGCAGUUUAACACAACACGGCUGGCAGGCACUAAUUCACCCUCCCAGAGUUCACAGCAGGAUGACUCUUCUCAUGCUGGGAUGGAAGAAAAGCCACCAGCCAGCCACGUUAGGCUCCAGCCCUUCACCCUGCACCUUUGGUCACCCCCUGCUUCAAACUGCCAAAUCCACUGCAAGUUCUCCCUACUGCACCACCUCUCCAGCCACAAAUUGGCUCCUGACAUCCAGAUGUGCUCUGUGGUCUUUCCUCAGCUUUAUUGAAACGUCUCUGGAUGGGAAAAUACCUUUUGUAGAAGUACCAUGACACAGGCGCAAAUAACAUAAAUAUUGAUGACUUCCGGCAAGAUGGCGUGCUGAGCAGUCGCGCCUUUGGUAUGCUCUGCAAGCCUAGUUCCAAAUUGCAACAAAAUUAAAAUAUUCUCCCAACGUUUACCUCAUUUUUAGUCAGCCGAAGCCGGAAAAAUGAUGUUCGAAGAAGUUAAAGCCUCGGGAAGUGAAAUAAAUUCGACGCUGGAAAUAGGGGCCGAGGUGAGCCUAGCAUCGGCUAACGAAGCUAACGUUAACGUUCGCCAAGAAGAAACAGAGGAUAUGGAGGCAACUUGCUCUGUGGUAAGAAGAAGACAACACAGCUCUCCAUCUAAUGUCACUGUCUCUGCUAAGAAACAGAAGGGAAUGCCGAAACUACAGCCGGAAUUCGUGUCUAAUGUGGACGUCCUAGCUGCUAUCCAGAACUUAACGGCAUUAGUAGAGGACUUCGGUGCACAGCUAAAACAGAACAACAUCAUGAUAGCUAACGUCGCAAAGGCAGCGGAGUUUAAUGCUGCGAACAUCAAAGAGGGACAAGAAAAGACUAAAGUGCUUGAAAAUGCGGUGCGGGAGCUUCAGAAGGAGAAUUUGGAGCUGAAAGAAAAAACUGAGGAAUUGGAGCGAUAUCAAAGAAGAUGGAACCUCCGUCUAAAUGGGCUCCCCGAAACUGAGGGCGAGAAUACCCGGCAGGAGGUAGCAGAGCUAAUAGCAAGGAUGAUACCAGAAUGGUCACACAAAAUGGACAUAAUUCUGGACACUGUUCACAGACUGGGGAAACCGAAACCAGGAAAGACUCAUCAGAUCAUCUUACAAUUCACCUCAAGAACCCACCACGACGCACUUUGGAAACAAGCGAAGGACGACAGGGUAUGCGCCGAGAGGAAGGUACGCUUCAAAGAGGACCUCACCAAAGCGGGACGAAAUGCUCGCAACGCGCUCUGGCCAAAGAUUGAAAGAGCGAGACAGCAGGGAAUGAAGGCAUUCUUCAGAGGACCCUUCGGAUUCAUCAAUGGACAAUGCAUUCAGGAAUAGGAAAGGUGAUCGGGUAUACCAGCUGACUACGAUAAAAUGUAAAGUGAGGAAAAUGUUUAUUAGGGGCGUUGCUGAAGUUAAAAACUUACCUUUACUUUUGACGGCAGGUGCUUGAUUUAAAGCCACUAGAGUAGCCUGUUUGGCUCUUUUCUUUUAUUUAUUUAUUUAUUUUAUUUUUUUUUCCAUCGUUCUUUUAUUUAUUUCGUUGUUUACCACAGAAGUUUCAGUUACAUCUCUAAAUGUAAGGGGUCUUAAAGACAACACGAAAAGGAAAGCUUUGUUUUUGUUUUGCAAAGGGCAGAAAAGUACUUUCACGUUUAUGCAGGAGACACAUUCUAUGAGGGAGGAUGAAACGUUUUGGACACAACAAUGGGGAGUUGUGGGUGGUAGAAAUGGGCAACUGGACUGAAGAUUCUUGAAAA